CCUGGGAGGCCAGGGCAACUGGUGGGAGCCCAGCACGGGCAGGAGGCGCCUGUCAGCACAGUCAAGGGUCAGAGAGCGAUGGUAACCCAGUGUCUAGUGGCAGCAGCUGAGCGACGCCACACGGGCAUGACUCCCUCGCCUCAGUCUCCAUAGUCUAGCCUACCCACACACGCACGCUUCUCUCUGCCUCGUCUCGUCUGUUGUGAGACUGUGUUAUUGGUGUAUGUAUUUAUGCUGUGUGAGCAAUGGCAGUGAUUUUAAGGCAUUGGAAUUUUCCACUGAAAUGACAUAGAAACCAUCAUAGGUGUGUCUGAAGGCUGUUUAUAAAGUCAUCAAUGAAAGCUCUUACGUAAAUCACGCGAAGAACAGAGGAGCAAGAGGGAUAGAACAGACAUACAGAACGAGAGUAAACAAUAUUGUAAUUUAGGGAAUUUUAAGGUAAAACAUGAAAGCAAUACUGACUAUGAAAGGGGUGGCAAGGUGUCCUGUGCGGCCCUUGGCUCUUCUCCUGGUGACGGUGGUGGUCUCCUCCAUGCUCCCGACGGAGGCUCUGGCGCAGUACAAAAACGAACGAGCGCCAUUUAACGAAUUUCUAAAUUACGGCAAAAAGAAGAUUAAGGCGGGCCCCGAGUUGGAGAACGAAAUUAUCAAAUCGAAGGUGGAAGUUCUUGGGGAAAUCUUAAAGCAUCAUGUACAAAACUUGAGAAAGGUGCCUGACCAGAAGAUCGAGCUGGUGUUCCUGGUAGACGCGUCGGCGUCGGUGGGGGCGGAGAAUUUCUUCAACGAGAUCAAAUUUGUCAAGAAACUGCUGGCCGACUUCGCAGUCUCCUACAACCAGACGCGCGUCGCUGUCAUCACCUUCUCCAGCAAGAAUAAGGUCAUUCGACACAUCGACCACGUGACACAGGCAUCUGAGGAUAACCACAAGUGUUCACUGAUGGAGGGGGAGCUUCCCAGGAUAAAAUACUCGGGAGGUGGCACUUAUACUCUAGGUGCCUUGCUCGAGGCUCAGAGCGUGAUAGCCCUCGGAAGACCUGAGGCGGUGAAGGCGGUAUUCCUAGUGACGGAUGGCUACAGCAACGGCGGCGACCCCAGACCAGCCGCCGCCUUCCUUCAGGCCAGGGGUGUUCGGAUCUUUACUUUCGGUAUACGCAAUGGAAAUGUUAAGGAAUUGUAUGACAUGGCAUCAGAGCCAAAGGAGGAGCAUUCUUACAUUUUGGACUCUUUUGAGGAGUUUGAAGCUCUAGCCAGGAGAGCUCUGCAUGAAGAUCUGCAUAGUGGAGUUUUGAUGGAACAGGAUCCUCGCUCCUGCCUUAAGCUAUGCACUGGGGGUGACUACUGCUGCGACCCCUAUGCGACCUGCACCUGUGGCACCCAUACAGGCCACUUUGCCUGUACCUGCCGUAAAGGCUACUAUGGCACAGGCCUUCAGGGCGACUGUAGACCAUGUCCAGCAGGAACAUAUAAAGAUAUGCAGGGGCCAGGAGAUGUGUCAUCAUGUACUCCGUGUCCUGACUCCCAUAUGAUGAGCGUCCCAGCUUCCACAUCACCUCAACAGUGCUACUGUAAGAGAGGAUACGCCCAGGUCGGCAUGCAGUGCUCUAUGUUGCAGUGCCCAGUGCUGGUGCCACCAGAGAAUGGCUACUUCGUGCGCAAUACCUGCAACAACGUGGUAAAUGCAGCGUGUGGUGUCCGCUGCAAUCCAGGCUUUACUCUCAAAGGUUCCUCCAUUAGACUGUGUGGCGAGGAUGGUGUGUGGAGUGGCGGGGACACGCAGUGUGUCAUGAAGUCCUGCCCCAAACUGAAGCCAACAGAACAUGGGACGAUGGUGUGCUCCCAGCCACGCCCUACCAUGGACACAGAGUGCCACUUUGCCUGUGAUCCUGGCUACCAGCUUGUUGGCUCCAAGAUGAGAACCUGUCUCCCUGUCGCUAUGUGGGAUGGUAUUUCAGCGUACUGCAAGCCUAUCUUCUGCCCACCACUACCUCCUCUACGUCAUGGUCAGAUGCAUCCUAGAACAUGUGCCAAAUCCAAGUCCAAAUAUGGCACCAAGUGUGAAUUUGCCUGUGACCCCGGCUACCAGCUCAAUGGCUCCAUUAAGACCACCUGUGUUGACCCUGGGGUCUGGUCUGGUGGUCACAAGACUGCCAGGUGUAUAGAUGUGACACCACCGGUAUUGAAGUGCCCCAAGAACAUGACCACGAAGACAGACCCACAUGAGGGCUUUGCCAUGGUCACGUGGGAUGCUCCCUUUGUCAAAGACAACUCUAAAGGCGAGGUGCGACUGGCAACGAUCCCUGCCACAACACAGCCUAUGAAGCUUAGCAUUGGCAACCAUACUAUCACAUACAUUGCUAAGGACAAGCUGGGUAACAAGGCCUCCUGCCAAUUCUCCAUCACCAUUGUAGAUGAGGAGCCCCCUCGUGUGGACUGGUGUGACUCCCCGCCCAUCUUCCUUUCACAUGAGGAAGACGUUGAUGUCUACUGGGAGGAACCUAUUUUCUCUGAUAAUUCUGGCAAGGAAGUCCAGGUGACACGGUCACAGGAGCCGGGGCAGUUCCCACAGGGCGACACCAUGGUGGAGUACUGGGCAGUGGAUGAGGCUGGCAACGUUGCUUCGUGCAACAUCACCAUCACUGUCCAAAAACAUGCGUGUCAGCUGCCUGUGGACCCCAUCAAUGGGGCUGCCAACUGCACCGAAAAUCCUGAAGCUGUGUUUUGCACACUAACCUGUGAUGAUGGCUAUGCUUUUGCCAUGCGCCCACGGCAAGAUUAUUUCUGUGCUUAUGAUGGUGUGUGGCUCCCUGAUGACAACCCCUUGCCCUUCCCAGACUGCUCUGUGACUUCAGUUUCGAAUAGUAUCUCACAGGCGGGAGAAAUGGCCAUGGAGGAUGAUGGCUCUGUGUGUGAUGAUAUCUUCUUCAUGGGUCAGGUGCAAAAUGAGCUGGAAAAGAAGCUAGAAGAUGCUCUGAAAACAAUGUGUGACGAGGAUGUUGUGUGCGAGGUGGCUGCUGUGGAGGCUGUGUGCGAGAACAUUCUUGCUGAAGCAGAAGAAGAAUUCAACUCAAUUGAUUUUUAUAGGAAGAAGAGGUCCACAGAGAAAGAUCUUUUAACAUAUUUCUGGUCAGGAGACAAUUAUGACACUGAUGAUAGUGACUGGUUGUACUGGAAGCGAGGGGAUGGAGUAACAAUGAGUAGAGUGAAGAGAGUCAAAAGGGAAACCUCGCUACUGCAAGAAUUUGGAGAUUUUGAAGACACGCAACGACACAAGAGACAGUUUGGAUUCUCCCUUGAUCAUUUAUUUGGUAAUAAAGCAGGAACUGAGGUACCCAGUCAUUCUAAAAAUUCAGAGGAAAACUAUCUUGGCGUGUUGAUUGAUUUAAUCACACGAUCAAUGGCAUCGGAUAUUGGCUUAGUGCAUUUUGGGUCAUUCCUCUCUAGCCUGAAGUCUGAUAAUGGGGACUUCACCACUGGGGAUUUUCUGUCGGCUUUUUCUCGAGAAUUUGGAGAGGAUAAAGCGGAGGCUCUUCGUGAGUUGGCAGUAAAAAAAUUAAGUGGAAUGAAGAUCUCGGGUAUCUCAAAUAGUGAUCGUGCUAAUAACCAAAGUGAGAGAAACCACAGCCCAAACCAACGCUCUGUCUUUACACACACCUCCUCUGGUGAAGAACACACCUGGGUCCACAACUCAAGCUACCCAGGACAGACUGAGGCUAUACUGGCUGGUGUAGGGAAGUCCUCUGCAGCGAAGUCAGGGAGCUAUGAUGUAGGCUCAACCUCCUAUGACUAUGAUGCCUCUAGCACCUCAGAAGUUGGACAAGGCUUCACCAAAAAAGCUUUUAAAGUGCGAUUUAGAGUAGAAGGUCAUGGAGUAGGGGCAACAGACAAGCUGGGAGAAGCCAUGGAUGGCCUGCUGGAAGCAGCAGAUGCGGGGCAAUUGGACAUCGAUUUUGGAGAACGCCAGUUACGUGUGGCUACCAUAAGACUCAAGGAGCACCCAGAGUUCAUCUGUGAGGCUGGCAGUGUGCCCAGAGAUGGACAGUGUGUCAAAUGCCCUGUGGGAACGUUCUUCAAUGUGGUGUUUCGAGAGUGUCUACCAUGUCCCCAGGGAUCCUUCCAGCCUCAGGAGGGGCAGGUGUCCUGCCUCGUCUGCCCCGAGAAUACCUCUACCAAGAGCGGCAAUGCCAAGAGUGAUCAGGACUGUAAAGCUCAAUGUCUACCUGGGUCAUUCUCUGAGGACGGGCUGGAGCCAUGUUCCACCUGUGAGAUAGGACACUACCAAGAUGAGUACGCCUCCUAUACAUGUGCCAACUGCCCCCACGAUACCACCACAUGGCGACGUGGCAGCUGGCUCUUACAAGAAUGCAAGCCCUUGUGUGGUGUGGGAAAGGUGUCAGAGACUGGGCUAGAACCUUGUUUCAACUGCCCCCAGGGAUACUUCCAGGAGCAACCAGGCCAGACGCAGUGCUUCAGGUGCCCAGGGGGAGGAAACACUCCUGCAACCGGUACUACUUCCAUGUAUGAUUGCGACGGAGUAUCCAAGGAUGACCAGGCUGCAUACACCACCUUACAGAAACUCGCCAUUAACGACUGUUUCAGCAUCCCCUGCCAGAACCUGGGCACCUGCACCCCUAUGGACUUUGGUUAUGUUUGUCAGUGCCCUCCUGGCUAUUCUGGUCAGCAGUGUGAAUCCGAGAUGAACGAGUGUGAGAGUGAGCCUUGCCACAAUAACGCCACCUGCGUGGACCUGCUCAAUAAUUUCCACUGUGAGUGUCCACCAGGGUUCACAGGCUCCCACUGUGAGAUUGACAUCAAUGAGUGUGACCCAAAUCCCUGCAUGAAUAGCGCCACCUGUGUUGACUUGGUUGAUGCUUUCAAGUGCAUCUGUCAGUCAGGGUUUACAGGUGAAGUGUGCGACACGGACAUCGAUGAGUGUAAUGGCAAUCCUUGUUCUGAAGGAGCCACUUGCCAAGAUCUCCUCAACGAUUUCGCCUGCCUCUGCCCUCCAGGGGACACGGGACGCUUUUGUGAGACUCACAUUAAUGAGUGCGAGUCCUCCCCUUGUGAACAUGGUCUCUGUAUUGAUCUCGUCAAUGAGUUUAGGUGUGUGUGUGAGCCGGGGUACACGGGUGACACAUGCGAGCUGGAUGUGGAGGAGUGUGCAUCUCAACCGUGUGCUAAUGGUGCUACCUGCACCGAUUGGAUCAAUGGCUUCUCCUGCACCUGCAGCCCGGGGUACUCUGGCAAGCUCUGCACCACUGAAAUGCCAACAGACUUCAUGUUGGAGUUUCCAUCAUCUGGCAUCCUCAACUAUGUGUCCAUUGAAGGCUUCAAGAGACCUCACACCAGUGCGACAGUGUGCAUGUGGAUGCGCUCAGAGGACCGGGAUAAUUAUGGUACUCCCUUCAGCUAUGCCACAGAUCAGCAUGAUAAUGCGUUCACCCUCACCGACUACAAUGGGUUUGUGUUGUAUGUGAAUGGGGACAAGCAAAUUACGGAUGUGCGAGCCAAUGAUGGACAGUGGCACCUGGUGUGUGCCUCAUGGACCAGCCACAAUGGCACUUGGGCUAUUUACCUUGAUGGAGAAAAGAAAGAUCAUGGCACUGGCCUUGCUGAAGGCGCCACCAUCAAUGGUUCAGGGACGCUGGUGCUGGGGCAGGAGCAGGACCAGCGUGGGGGAGGGUACAGCCCUCAGGAGAGUUUCCUAGGAGAGAUGACACAUGUAAAUGUUUGGGAUGAGGAGCUAAAUCCUGCCACUGUGAAAGCCAUCUUCAGUCGCUGCGAUAGAUAUGUGGGCACCACUCUGGGCUGGCCGGACUUUCAGGCUGGUAUAAAAGGUCAAGUUAUGAUGAAAAGUUCAACCUUCUGUCGAGGAUGUGGUGUGCCAACGACACCCCAGAAUGGUGCCGUGGAGGACGGCGGAGAGGAACUAGGUACUCGGGUCACAGUUACCUGUGAUGUGGGCUUUAAGCUAUACCGGGGCGAAAGUGAGCGUACAUGUCUCCUCUACGGUGCGUGGUCUGGCGAAGAACCAGAGUGCCGACGUGUCACCUGCAGCUUCCCAGGCUACCUGUUGAAUGGUCACAUUGAGGGCAACAGGUACAGCUACAGUGAUACUGUCAGCUUCACUUGUAACCCUGGCUUCAUCCUCAAGGGUGACGCUGAGAGGACCUGCCAAGCUGAUGGCAAGUGGAGCGGCCAACACCCUCACUGUGAUGUGAUUAAGUGCCCCUAUUUGAAUGCGGGGCCUCAUGGGCAGGUGCUCUCACUUGCUGGGGACUACAUGCCCACCAACCAGAUCAGCUUCAAGUGUGAGCUGGGCUACCAAAUGGAUGGCCCCAACACACUUACCUGUGGAGGCGAUGGCGAGUGGGAUGGACAGCCCCCAUCCUGUCAAUCGGAAACUUGUGGUGAACUUCCCAGCAUUGCUAAUGGGUAUGUGGAAGGGGGCCCAUUGGUGAGGCCUGGGGAGCAAGUAGUGGUCAAAUGUGACUUUGGUUACAAGCUGGAGGGUGACGCACUAGUCACCUGCAAGGAUGACUCCACGUGGUCCCGCCCAUUACCCAAAUGUGUCACACCCAAGUGCUCCAAGCCACCAGCAGUCUUUCAUGGCACUGUCAAGGUACGGGCUUCAGCCACAUCCAAAGAAGCCGUAUACAAAUGUGAUCCCGGUUAUGUCGUGGCAGGAGCCAAAACACUAAUGUGUGGUGCAGAUGGAGAGUGGAAUGGUCCCUGGUCCACAUGUGAGGGCUUACCAUGUCCUGACCCACAGGUACCACCACAUGGCACCAUACCCCAUCAGGAUGUCUGGCGAGUGGGAGAUAUUCUGACAUACAAGUGUGAUGUGGGUUAUAGAUUGUUUGGUAAUGCCUCUCUGAAGUGUGUGAGCAAUGGGUAUGAGGGCGAAUGGGAUAAACACACACCCGAUUGUCAAGUAAUCACUUGCCCAGAGGCCAAAAAACCUCAAAAUGGGGCUGUGUCUGUGGUACACCGUCCACCCGCUGUCUCUGACUCAACAACUACUCCAUUUCAAAUUUUACCUGUUGUCUAUGGAGAAAUAGAAUUCAGAAGAAAACGCAGUCCUGAUGAUGAUUUCCCAAGUAUUGGAUUUCCGAGUGUUGUAGACCUGAACUGGUCACAAAAUCAAGAUUAUUCAGAGUAUGGCCAAGCACAUGGCUUACCGAGUGAUUAUGAAGGGUUAAAUGGUUUGGGGCUUUCAAUAGACACUGAGCAAUCAUCAGAUCUCUAUGAAGACUUUAGCCAGUCGGCAGAUGCUUUUGAAUUUAGCCAAAGCACUGGACAAGUGUCAAGUGAUUAUGAAGAUUUUGGCCAAUCAUCAAAUGGUUUUGAGUUUUCACAAACCCCACAAACUAGUGAUCAAGGUUUGACAACAGAGCAGGGAGACAAUUUAUAUGGCACCGAACUAGAAUAUGACUGUCGACCUGGCUACAAACUGCUAGGUGCUCCUCGACGCCGAUGCACUGAAUCAGGUGAAUGGGACAACCCGGAGCCUCAGUGUUAUGAGCAAUUUUGCCCAGAACUUGCCCCAGUAUCAAAUGGCCAUCUUGUUUAUCAUGGUUCAGGCAUCGGAAGCCGUGUAGAGUAUGUCUGUGAUGAAGGUUACCGUCAUAAAGGUGAAAAUGAUGAGUUGCUUUGCCUAGCAGAUAAAACAUGGUCGGGAAGUGUUCCUUCCUGUCAAAUAAUUGACUGUGGUGAACCUCGAGAGUUAGGUAAUGGUACUGUCGAUGCAAUAGCAACUACAUUCGGAUCUAUGGCUACUUACAACUGUUUCUUUGGUUAUGUGCUUGAAGGUAGUGUAGAGCGUUUCUGCAAUUCCCAUGGCCGCUGGAAUGGAUCCAUGCCACGGUGUGUAGCAGUGACAUGCACUGUCCCUCCUGUUAUAGAUAAUGGCUACAUAACAUUUGAGGGUAGUUUGUUUGUGGAUUCUCCUAUAGAAUAUGAGUGUAAAGAGUGUUUUAAACUCAAUGGAACCAAUAUCAGGACGUGUCAGGUAGAUGGGACAUGGACUUUGGAAGAACCCUCAUGUAAUCUGAUAUACUGUGACGUACUGCCAAAGACUAUUCCUAAUGGGCGUGUAAUUGGUGAUGAUAAUGCGUGUGGCUCGCUGGUGGAGUACGAGUGUUUGGCAGGCUACCAGCUCAAUGGGAGACAAAAGGCAACAUGUUUGGACAAUGAGAGAUGGAGUUCCCCUCCACCAACAUGUGAGAGAGUUAGUUGUGGCCUUCCCAAAAAACUGGCAAAUGGGAACCAUAUAGGUUCAUCUUAUAAGUUUACUGAUAAGAUUACAUACAAGUGCAACAUUGGUUACGUGAUGCAGGGACCUGAUCUUCAGGUUUGCCAGGAAGAUGGCACAUGGUCACUUUCACCCCCCUUCUGUGCAAUUGUUAACUGCACUAAACCCAGAGGACCUUCCAAUGGCAAGGUGCGUCUCAGCGGGCUCUUUUUUGGCUCUUAUGCAAAUGUUGUAUGUGACCCUGGGUAUACUUUGGAUGGUGAGAAUAAACUUAUGUGUGAUGCUACUGGCAAAUGGGAUAAAGAGAUGCCUUACUGUUUACCUGUCAUUUGCCCACCUGCACCUCAGGCAGCACAUGCCACAUACAACUCCACUGAGGUGGAGUUUGAGGCUUUCAUGAUUCUUAAAUACAAGUGUGAUACUGGUUACUAUGCUACAGUAGAAAAUACCUUGCUAAAGUGCAAUGCAGCAGGAAAGUGGGAAGGUGAGGUGAUCCAGUGUCUGCCUGUGGACUGUGGCAACCCUGGGACUCUUCCUCAUGGCCACAUCUCGGGAAAUAGCUACACAUACGGUAAUCAAGUUCAAUUUACUUGUGAUACAGGAUACAGGCGGCUUGGUGCACCCACUGCCGAGUGUCAGGCUGACGGAAUGUGGAGUAAUUACGUCACUUCAUGUUUACAAAUAACCUGUCCUGAGCCACAGCCGCUCGAGUUUGGAAAGAUGACAAUGGAAAGUGGAGCAAGUAUUUUUGGUGCAUCCUUAGCUUACCAAUGCAAUACUGGUUAUAUUCUUAUUGGUGACUCCAGCAGCACUUGUGACAGCAAUGGUUUAUGGACAGGAGUUUCCCCACGAUGUAAAGCUGUCACAUGUCCCGAGCCAUUUGAAGCUCUCAACUCUGUGCGCAUAGGUGACACAUUCGAAUACAAUCAAAAAAUAUUUUACUCAUGUAAUGAAGGCUAUGCUAUGAAAGGUAAUGCUGAACUUGAGUGCCAAGCUGAUGGGUCAUGGUCAAACCAGGCCCCUUUCUGUGAGAUGAUAACCUGCCCUGAGAUCUCCGACAUACCAAAUGGAAGCUGGGAGGUGAAGACCUUGGGGGAGUAUCCUAUCAGGACUGAAGCACUCACAUUAAAAGGCCAUGGUAAAGGCCAUAGCAAAUCCCACAGUAAAUCCCACAGUAAGGUGAAAAUCUCUGCCAAACUCCAGUCACUGAUAGAAAGUGAAGUAAGGGAAGAAUUAAUACACAAAUUUGGAGAUGUUAUAGAAUUUCAAUGCAACCCAGGCUAUUCAAUGGCAUCUAGUGGUCUUAUGGAGUGUACAGAGGCUGGUUGGAACAGCCCUAUUCCUCAAUGCCACCCAAUUGCGUGCCCCAUUCCCAUCAAUAUCCGUCGAGGUACUAUCACAGGCAACGAUUACACCUAUGGUGCUACCAUCCAUUACAAAUGUGAUGAGGGAUACGAACUUGCUGGUGUGGCUCAUAGGAUCUGCCAAGUUAACAAGGAAUGGACAGAUACUGAGCCCUUCUGCAGAGUUAUUGAGUGUCCUCGACCGGCACCCUUGGAUAACGGCCAGACUAUUGGAGAGAGUAUCAAGUAUCAGUCCAUUCUCUCAUAUGUGUGUGAUGCUGGAUUCAGGCUUGAAGGUCUUGCCACCAGAACAUGUCAGAGUAAUGGCAACUGGACGGGGGAGCAGCCUGUGUGUGUUGAACUCUUCUGUGAAAUUCCUGACGAAGUUAACCACAGUGUCCGGGAGAUAAUCAGCCUCAAGGUCGGGGGCACAGUGCGGUACACCUGCAUCGAGGGCUACCGUAUGGAAGGUGCUGCCACCCUCAACUGUAUUAGUGAUGGUGAGUGGGACACGCAGCCCCCAGCAUGCGUGCAGGUGGACUGUGGCCCUCCGCCAUCAGGUGAUAACGUCGUUGUCCAAGGCAUCCACACCGUCUAUGCCUCGCAGGUGACUUUCACGUGCGAGCAUGGGUUCCAGCUGAGAGGAGCUGAGUGGACCACGUGUAUGCAGUCUGGUAGGUGGAGCAAUGAGGCACCACAGUGUGAUCCCAUCUACUGCCCCACACCUUCUAAUCCUGCACAUGGCCACAUUGUCCGUGCAGAUAAUAAAGAGGCUUCAUCUUCGGAGGAAGAUGAUGAAGAGGAAGAGGAGGUAGAGCUUCUGCAGGCAUUGAAAGCACCAAGACACAAGACUAAAACCAAGAAGAGCCACAAAAGCCACAAAAGCAACAGGAAGACAGCAUCGAAGGGCAAAAAGCAUGGGCAUAAGUUCUUUGACCGAAUGGUUGAAAUAUUAUACCGGGUGGACGAUGAAGUAAAGUGGGAGUGUGAAGAAGGUUUCAAAGCUGAGGGAUCAACUAGCAGUGUGUGCACUGCAGAGGGCGAGUGGUCAAAUGACCCACCACACUGCAGGAGAGUGUCGUGUGGGUCCCCUCACCUCCCAGAUUAUGCACUCAUUCAGAGUGAUGACUUCCUCUAUGGAGCCACUGCUAACUACUCUUGCAGGGAAGGGUAUGAACUCGAGGGGGCGGGUGUUCUCACCUGUCAAGCCAAUGGUAGGUGGAGUUCUGAGGCGCCAACCUGUGCACCGGUAUCAUGUGGACCACCUUCCCUCACCGUCCACACGUUAGUGCGCUACAUCACCCCAAAGCACGGCCAGCUACAUUCUUAUGGCACUACUGCUUCCUACAGUUGCCACAAUGGAUACCAGCUACAUGGGGGUGAAACGCAGGUUUGCGAGGCCAACGGGCAGUGGGUAGGAGACAGCCACACCUGCAUUGAAAUGUUGUGUGAAGACAUACCCGUCUUGCAACACGGCCUGGCAAUAAUUAAGAGAGAGCGCCUCCAAACAGCCACAUUCUCUUGUAAACCUGGCUACAACCUGCUAGGGGACACUGUUAUCGAGUGUAGCUUCGGGAAAUGGCAGGAGUUCAACACUACAUGUGAACCUGUCAACUGCUAUGAGCCUGCAAUACCACCUUUUGGCAAGAUCACGGCCAAGCACUUCAGCCUGGGCAGCAUUGCCAACUACACGUGCUUGUACGGUUACAUGUUAGUGGGUAACCCCUCUGUCGAAUGUGAUGCUGAUGGCACCUGGAAAGGCGACCUGCCCCUCUGCCAGCCUGUUGACUGUGGCUUGCCGGAGGACAUUACCAACGGAAAGGUGGAGUCAUCACACACAGACCUUGGGGCAGAGGCGCUCUACCACUGUAAUGCCGGCUACCAGCUCUUUGGCAGUGACUCUCGUGUAUGCGGCGCCGAUGCCAUCUGGAGCGGCAACCUCCCUCAAUGCCAUCUUAAAAACUGUGGGGAAAUCAAGCCACCACGAAAUGGAUUUGCUAUGGGUGUGGGGACAUUGUAUGGUGAUAAGGUGAAGUUCGCAUGUGAGCGAGGCCACGUUCUUAGGGGAGACGCCCAGAUUCACUGUGACCAUACAGGCACCUGGUCGGCCACAACACCAUACUGUGAACCUGUGGUGUGUGGAAUUGCUCCUGUGCCUCCUAAUGCGGUAAAACCUCCAACGGUUUCCAGUAAAUGGGUUUACCAGGAUCGCAUCCAAUACACGUGCAGUGAGGGCUACAUUAUGCGGGGUGAUCUCACCGCCACAUGCACAGAGUCUGGUCUCUGGUCCCGUGUUCAAGGGCAAUGUGCAAAGAUCUCCUGCGGGCGUCCCAAGAUCAACACUGACGGAGCAGUGGUGCUGGGCCGCUCCUUCUACUAUAAGGACAAGGUGGUCUACCGCUGUCCACCAGGUCAAGUAGCCAAUGGGUCGGCAGUAUUAACAUGUCUGGCAGAUGGAGCAUGGUCAGGAAUUCCUGCUUGUGUAGGCCACUGUGGGCGUCGAUGUCUAAAUGGAGGCGUCUGCCUCACCAACAAUGUCUGCACCUGUCCCCCAGGAUACGUCGGUGACCAUUGCCAACACGCACUUUGCCCGCUGCCCUGCCUGCACGGCGGUGUCUGUACUGGACCACAUCGUUGCACCUGCCUCCCUGGAUAUGCUGGGGCCCGCUGCCAGACUCCUGUAUGUGAGAACGACUGUGGAGACCGAGGACGCUGCAUUGGCCCCAACGUGUGUCACUGCAGUCGAGGCUAUACAAGUCCCACUUGUGACGACAAUGACUAUGACUACAGCUACUAUGGUAGCCGAGAUGAUAUCCACGAACGGACCCGCCUUGAAGACUGGGACCUGGUGGCCUUCCAACGACGCUAUCAUUAGUGGCCAUAAAAUCUUCCUUGCUUUAACAUUUAUAAAAUAUUUUCUUUGUGUACAUUAAUCAUAUAAAAGCUGUUAUGUGUUGUAAUUAUCGCUAUGUAGCUACACAAAGAUUUUUUUAGUUAUUUUGUUUCAGCCGAUUUUAUAAUCAUUACUUCAGUGUGAUCAUUUAAUUUUAUACUAGAAUUGUCAGGCAUCUUCCAGCUAUUAAGUAUUGAUUAAUGGAAACAAACUAUAAAUGUAAAACCUUAUUUAGCAAAUAUAAAUAUUGGAUGAGAAAAUCAGGAUGAAAAAAGUACAGUACUGUAUUGUACUAUUAAAGUACCUUUAAGAUUGCACUACAGAAGUAAAAUUCCAGUUUUUGGUACUACAUGUCUAAGAGAAUGUACAAUGGGUUAUGAAUUAUGUAGUUAUACUUUACAUCCUAUAAUCAUGAUAAAAUACAGUAUACUAUUCUUAAAUAUGUAAUAAAAUCAAUAUAUGAUAGGCAUAUGAUUACGGUUGUUGAGUUUUUAAUAUUUCGUAACUUUAAAGAUAUCUUCAUAUGUGAAAUAUCUGUAGAUAUCCUUCAUUGAAUAUCAGGUUAAAUGUCAUAAUGGCAUUUAAUUACAAAAUGGCCUCCAGUAUUUACCAGAAUAUAUUAUAUAAUAAAAGACUGAAAAUA